AUGCUUCGUCAACUUCGUCAGCCUUUAGAUGCUGCUCGUCGCGUGUACUUUACGGCUGGAUGUAGUUCUACACGUUUGAUGGUCAAAAAUGCUGUUGAACAGUCGUCUAGCAGCGAGAUGGAUUUGUUUACACCAAGUGAAGAACACGGUGCGCUCCGUGAUAUGCUUGCGGGUUUCGUCAAGACAAAAGUAGAUCCUCAAGCAUUAGAGCACGACCGGAAAGAGAAAUUCAACAUCAAACUGUUCCGGGAGCUGGGGGGUCUGGGGCUACUGGGCAUCACGGCACCCGAAAAAUACGGUGGAUCGGAGAUGGACGCACUUGCGGCUGUUAUCGCACACGAGGAGCUCUCGUCCAGCGACCCGGCCUUCUGUCUGUCCUUUUUAGCGCACUCGAUGCUGUUUGUGAACAACGUUGCACGCAAUGCGUCGGACGUGCAGUGUAAAAAGUAUCUUCCUGAUGCUUGUUCGGGCGAAAAGAUCUGCGGAAUGGCCAUGAGUGAGCCCUCAGUCGGCACGGAUGUCCUGGGAAUGCACACCACGGCGAAGAAGUCCGAUUGUGGCAAGUUUUACGAAGUGAAUGGAAGCAAAAUGUGGAUUACGAAUGGAGCUCUAAACGAUACUGAGCUAGGUGACACUUUCUUGGUCUAUGCUCGAACUGGCACCACGGGGAAGGCGAAACAUGACUUUUCGUCCUUCAUCGUGGAGAAAGGUUUCGAAGGAUUCUCACUUGGCCAGCGGAUCAAGGACAAAUGCGGCAUGCGUGCCUCUAAUACAGCGGAGUUGGUAUUUGAAAACUGUAAAGUGCCGAUUGAGAACCUGAUAGGCACCGAAGGCAGUGCCGUGCUUUGCAUGAUGCGCAAUCUCGAAAUCGAGCGCGUGACGUUGGCAGCAAUGAGUUUGGGCAUCGCGAGACGUUCGCUUGAGGUCAUGAACAACUAUGCCAAAGAACGUAAAGCCUUUUGCCAACCGCUGAACAAUUUUGGGCAGAUCCAGAAGAACAUUGCCGAGUCGUACGCUGAGUACAUGGCCGGGCGUGCAUACGUGUACAACACGGCAAGGCAGCUGAAGCUGGAUUCGGUGGGCAACCGUGUUGACACGGACGGUGUGAAGCUCUAUUGCGGCGACAUGGCGAAGCGCGUCGCGGACCGCGCCAUCCAGACACUUGGCGGCUACGGCUACGUCGGCGAGUACAAUGUCGAGCGUCUCUGGCGCGAUUCAAAGCUGCUGGAGAUUGGCGGCGGCACCAACGAGUCGCACCACAAGAACAUGGUGCAGGACCUCGUCCGGAACGCGUUCUAA